CCUUGCAUAAAGAUUGGGUUUUCCUUCGGGUCAGGGCAGAAUGGAGCGCCUAACGGAGGAUCUCUUGCUCCAGAUCUUUGCGGGCUUGGAGCUUGACGAUCUGGGGAGGCUGCGGUGCGUGUGUAGAUCCUGGCACAGCGCCAUUGCUUCGCAGGGAUUCGCCAAGCAAUGGAAGAACAGGGACCAGGUCUGUUGUGUCUUGCGCACCAAGGACAGCAUCCACAGAGAAGUGUGGUUCCCGGGCAGCGGCGCAAGAAGAUCUACCGGAUUGAAUCCGGGGCCUCGUGGGUGUUUCUCCAUUGGGGUUUCUUCUUCACACGGCCUGGUUUGCGGAUUGCUACCAGAAGAGGGGCGCUACUGGAACACGCCUGACACAGCAUGGAAGUUUGUGGUAGGAAAUCCAUUGACAAACAAAUGGAGGCGGCUGCCUCCAAUCGAUAUCCCUUCUCGUCCGCUCUCCACCAUGGAAAGGAUCCAUCUCCAGGCUGAUCCGUCCAAAGGUUCCUACAAGCUGGCGAUCACCUACAGUGAAGUUGGCAGUGACUACGAAGUGAUCUACCAGGCGCGCCAGUAUGAUUCAGAGUCGCGGGUUUGGACCUCGGCAGUGCCCUUUAUUGGCGAGCACGACGGCGCAAAUACGAAGAUCGACGGCUCCGUGCUGGGAAGCGCGGGGCUCCAUUACCCUCCAUACUUUCUCAUGGCCUACAAUCCAGAUUCCAUGGCCUGGUCUUGUCACAAGCACUUUGCGGGUGAUCGCGAUCCAACUCCCCUCAAUGAAUCUGUCUACAAGGAGUACAAGCUCCUUGACAGCACCGCCUUAUCUGGAGUCUUGAGGUGGAGAGGCAGGAAUUUCAUGGUGACGCACUCGUUUAGCUGCGUGGUGCUCUGGGAGCUGGACACUGUGGCAGGAGAGUGGAAGGUUUUGUCAAGCAGGCGGUAUAAGGAGCUGUAUGGCACGAGGCCGUCGAGAAGGAACUCGGAUAUCCAGGCGCUGCUUGUUGGGAGCACAAUAGUUUUCUCGGAUCGCUACGGGACCCUGUACGUGUAUGCGCCGUAUGCGUACAACCUCGAGGACUCAACUUGGCACUCGUCAGCUUCGAGUGCGGACACGGGCACUGCACUCAGCUGCGCAUUCAUACCCAGCUUUAACGUCGAGCCAUAGGAGAAUCUCGCGAGCAUCUUGCGAGAGGUGAGUACUUAGUUUCAUAGGAGCGGUACAGGAGCGGUCUAAAGUGAGGAACACGUGAAAAACUCUGCGAUCCUGCCUGCGCCUGCGCGGAGGUAAGCUCGAAAAGCUAAGCAAGACCGCAGAGCUACGACUCUUACCACGCCAAGCUACGACUUGCACAGAUUGGUAGCAAUAGUGCCCUGACGGACAAAGGAGCGUCGGCUCCUCUGUCAACCGACGCUCAAGGUCUACAACAUUCCACUGCAGAAAAAACAUACUCAAGAAAGCAGAGCCGCUGCCGAAGAAACGCUGCGUGGGCGAUUUCCUGCCGAGGGAAGAGCUCCCGGGAGAGAAUCUGGAUUGAAUCGCUCCCGGGACAAAGUUAUUGGCUGAUCUUUCGUCUCACCACCGAAAAUCAUUAUUUAUGUAAUGAGAACAGCGAAUGUACCGUAGAAUCUUUUGCUCGUUUGAAAAUUUCUUGUGGUUUACUUC